CUAUCUAGAGUGCGGAGAGAGAAAGCGAGGAGGGGGGAGUGGUCAUGGCCCCGACGAUCGAGCGCCGUGUUUAAAAUCGCCGGCCCUUAAUUCCGCCCGCACCGGUUACUACUAGUACCACCACCACCCCGCCCGCUGCUGGCGCCGUGGAGCGGAGAGCGCGAGAAGGAUAGGGACGAAGGGAGUGAGGGAGGGAGGAGGGAGAGGAGCGUCCAGCCAGCAGCGGCGGAGGAGCUAGCUGGUCCAAUCGGCCGUUUCAACCCGGUGCAAAAAUCGGCAUACGGGAACAAAGAUCGCGGGGGUGGCAUCCGGGUGGCGAAGCAACGCCAGCGGAUAUCGCUCGCGGCUCGCCCUCUCGCGUGCUCAUCCUCGAGGCCCGGCGCUGCUGCCGUUACCUCUCCGGCGCGUAUAAAUAGGCCCGGGGGCGAGCCCGGAGAGGCCACGCAGCGCAGAGUGCCAAGGUCUCUCUCCCCCUCCUUCCUCCUCCUGCUCAUCCUCCGGUCCUCUCCUCCUAGCCGGCGAGCGAGCGAGAACCAUGGACUUCGGGGAUGACCAGGAGGGGGGAUCCGAGAGCAACCAGCACCAGCACCACCAGCAGCAGAACCAGAACCAGCGGCGCAAGCGCUACCAUCGCCACACGCCGCGCCAGAUUCAGACGCUCGAGGCGAUGUUCAAGGAGUGCCCCCACCCCGACGAGGCGCAGCGCGCCAAUCUCAGCCGCGAGCUCGGCCUCGAGGCCCGCCAGAUCAAGUUCUGGUUCCAGAACCGGCGCACGCAGAUGAAGGCACAGCACGAACGGCAGGACAACUGUUUCCUGCGGCAGGAGAACGACAAGAUCCGGUGCGAGAACAUCGCCAUGCGGGAGGCGCUGAAGAAUGUCAUCUGCCCCACCUGCGGCGGCCCGCCCAUCGCGGAAGACUACUUCGACGAGCAGAAGCUCCGGAUGGAGAACGCGCGCCUCAAGCAGGAGCUCGACAGCGUCGCCGGCCUCACCGCCAAGUACCUCGGCCGCCCCUUCACGCAGCUGCCGCAGGGGACGCCGCAGAUGAACGUCUCCUCGCUCGACCUCUCCAUGGGCGGGGUGCCAAUGGGCGGCGUGCCGAUGGGCGGAGGGCACCACCAGCAGUUCGGCGGCGGCCUGUCGCUGGACCUCGACCUCCUCAGCGGGGCUGGCCUGGGCAUGCCGUUGUCGGACAUGCCGACCAUGCAUCUGCCGGCGCCCGUGACUGAAAAGGAGCGCCCCUUGUUGGCCAAGAUGGCCACGCGGGCCAUGGACGAGUUGAUCCGGCUCACCCAGCAGGGCGACAACGUCUGGGUCAAGAUCCCCGGCGGCGACGGCCGGGAGACCAUCGACGUCCAGGCGUACGACUCCAUCUACUCCAAGCCCGGCAGCAGCAACUUCCGCGCCGGAGACAUCCGCGUCGAGGGCUCCCGGGACUCGGCAAUCGUGUGCAUGAGCCCCGUCAACCUCGUCGAAGUGUUCAUGGACCCGAGCAAGUUCAUGGAGUUCUUCCCAAGCAUCGUGUCCCACGCGCGGAUCACUGACCCCCUCGUCAAUGGCCUGAACGGGAGGAACGAGUCCCUCGUCAUGAUGUACGAGCAGCUCCAGUUCAUGACGCCGGCCGUCCCGACCCGCGAGUUCAGCUUCCUCCGCUACUGCCGGCAGAUCGACCAGGGCAUGUGGGCCAUCGCCGACGUCUCCGCGGACAUGCAGCGCGAGGCCCACUACGGCGCGCCGCCGCCGCGCUCCCGCCGCCUCCCGUCCGGCUGCCUCAUCGCCGACAUGACCAAUGGCUACUCCAAGGUGACCUGGGUCGAACACAUGGAGAUCGAGGACAAGAGCCCGAUCGGCCCCCUGUACCGCGACAUCGUGCAGAGCGGCGCCGCCUUCGGGGCGCACCGCUGGGUCGCCGCGCUGCACCGCGCCUGCGAGCGCUACGCUUCCUCACUCGAGGUGCCCGGCGUGAUGCACGGCGAGACCACCGGAGUGACGGCCGAAGGGAGACGCAGCAUGAUGGCGCUGUCGCAGCGCAUGGUGAGCAGCUUCUGCGGGGGCAUGACGGCGUCGCCGCAGCACCAGUGGACGACCAUGCCCGGCGCCGCCGGCAACGAGGUGUGCGUGCGCGUGUCCAUGAACCAGGGCGCCCAGCCGGGGCAUCCCAACGGCGUGGUGCUCGGCGCCGCCACCUCCGUCUGGCUCCCCGUCCCCGCCGACCACGUCUUCGGCUUCCUCCGCGACGAGAACACGCGCACCCAGUGGGACGUCCUGUGCAAGGAGAAUUCGGUGCAGCCGGUGUCGCGCAUCCCCAACGGCCCCAAUCCCGGGAACUGCAUCACCCUGCUGCGGGCCCUGAGCCCGAGCCAGGCUCCCCAAGGUGGCCAGGCCACCAUGCUGGUGCUGCAGGAGAGCUGCACGGACACGUCGGGGUGCUCCAUGGUGGUUCACUCGCCCAUCGACAUCCCGGCGGCCAACAUGAUGAUGAGCGGCGCCGACCCGUCGGGCAUCCCGCUGCUGCCCUCGGGGUUCGCCAUCUGGCCCGCGGGCGUGGGCGGCGGCGCGUCCACCAGCGCCGCCGCCACCCCGAUGGCGGCCGGGUGCAUCGUCAGCGUCGCCUUCCAGAUCCUCAUCAGCAGCCUGCCGUCGUCCAAGCUCAACGCCGAGUCCAUCGCCACCGUCAACAACCUCGUCAGCACCACCGUCCAGAACAUCAAGGCCGCCCUCAACUGCGUCUAGCCGCCAUGGGCGUCCAUCCACCAUCCAUCCGAGCUAAGCUAGAGUGUUCGUCUAGUGCUUCUGACGAGGGAGAGAGAGAGAGAGAGCAGUUGGUUGGUGCGUUGAAUGCUCGCAUUCAUGCGUUCCACCUGCUGUUGCUGCGGCAUCUCAAGCCGACGCAACUCUCUCUCUCUCUCUCUCUUUCUCCUUCCGUCCGUCCGUCCAUCCAUCCAAUCCAUCCAUGCGUCCACCAUCACACCAUCCCAUUGCAUGUUUAGGCUUCGUUCGUUCGUCAGUCUUCGUUUUGGAUUUCCAUUAGCGUAAUUUUACAGGAUAUUUCCCACCUUAAACUAGUUGAUGCAUGCAUAUGCGUCGUCAGGUCAGUCAGUCAGUGAGUGAGUCAGUCAGAGUCAGAGAGAUCAGCAAUCAGAAAGAGAGAUAUGAUAGGCGCCUUUGACAGUGAGAGAGUCAAGAACGAACCAUUGCUGCUUGUCCCUUUCUUCCUCCUCGUGCCGCCGCAGCACCGCCACCAUUGUCCCAUUUUUCCUCCUAUGUGUUGGUGCUGUGCGUGUGUGUGCGGCAGAGAAUAGGGGAGGGGGUAGGGGGUGAAAUGCAUGGUUCGGGUAUUGACUUGGCUCCAUCAAUGUACAGCCUUGAAUGAACAUUCAUUUCGGUUAUAAAUGGAAAAGAAAGAGAUCUGGUUAAAGUUUUA